UUUUAUAUUAAAAAUAUUUUUUAUCGAUAAAUUCUGCAGCAAUAUAGUAAUUGAAAUAUUUUUUCUAUGAAUUUUAUUUAAAUGUCUUCGUGGUUCUCUUAUUUUCGAAAUUCAAUUAUUCGAGAAGAAGAUCCAGAACAACAGCAGCAACCUGAAUUUGACCAAGCUUCUACUUCUAAUCUAUCACAGGGAGAUGUUUCUUCUGUUGCUUCAGAAUAUUCAAUAAAGGAUGAUGAACAACAACAAAUUAAAAAAAUUCCUUUAGUGCCUUCAUUAAGUCAAGAACAAAGAGAACAUAUACAUGAUGUUCUAAAACGAGCUGAACGUUCUGGACGUUAUGCUCGUGUUGUUAUGGACAAAAAACAUUUGAAAGCUGUUCGGGGAGGGAGAGGGCAAUCAGCCUUUACUUCUUCAAGUAUUAACUCAGAAAGAGAGAUUGAAGGUAGUGAAAGUGAUGGAAUUGACAAAACUGACAUAAUGGCAUCAGAAAUAAUUCAAAUGGAUUCCCUACCUGAAGGCAAAUUGAAAUUAAAAAUGUUUUUUAUAAAAAUUAUUUAAAGAUGUUGAGAUUACUGUAGGGC